UCUGCCUCGUUAACAGCAUUUCGAUGGCUGACAGCAAAGUUCGAUAGGUGAAAGCGGAAACAAAUUUGUGGUGGAUGUACUUGGUCCCUUUAUUGAAGAUCCUUUUAUUUACAGAGAAAAGGGACACUUGAAAGGGGAUGGUUGAGAAGGAGGGAAGUGAAACGAAGCCUUUUCACCUUAGCAUUUCUUCUUAAAUACGGCGAUCGCAUAACAGCCAUCCCGUUUGUCAUGGAAUGUCAGAGACAUCAGGGGAAUUUUGUAUUUAUCAUGGACGAAUGCACUAACAUAACGUUUUAGCUUCCUGAAGUUUGGCGCUUAUCUUAGCAAUUUGGAUGGUCGUUGUAUAUACAUUUGAUCAAGUUUUUUUAAAGUUGUUCGUCUUCGAUCGCUGUCAAAACAUCAGUUAGAUUUCCGUGGAAUCCAGCCAUUUUUAGGUGGUCAUAAGGCUCAAUAAUGACUGACUCAGACGCUCUGCAAAGUUUUCUGCAAAGAUAUGAUCAGCUCAUGAAGGAGAAAAGCCAAAGGCCAGGGAGAGACACGUUUACGACAGAAUUUCAGCAAAUCAAAAGGGACUCAGAAAAGCUGUCCGUGGAUGGACAAACUGUUGCAACUGCUGGUGCAAAAGAAUGCAAUAGAAAGAAAAACAGAUAUAAAGAUAUCUUACCUUUUGACCAUACAAGAGUUAUUUUGAAAAGAAAUGGCAGUGAAGAAGGAUCAGACUACAUAAAUGCAAGCUACAUUAAGUCACCAGAUGGGAAAAAGGGAUACAUAGCAUCACAGGGGCCAAUGCCUUCAACUGUUGAUGACUUUUGGUGGAUGAUAUGGCAACACAAAAUUAAGGUUGUUGUAAUGGCUUGUAAAGAGAUAGAGCUUGGAAAGCAUAGAUGCCAAAGAUACUGGCCUGCUAAUGGAGAGGAGCUCAGAUUUGGUCCAGUAGCUGUUACCUUGGUGCGGGAAGAGUUGAUAGCAAACUGCCUUACCAAACGAACGCUCAAAGCUGUCUUUGGCAAUGAGGAGCAUCGACUGUGGCAAUUGCACUACACCGCAUGGCCAGACCACGGUGUACCGAAAACAACACAGAAUCUCAUUCAUAUUAUCGAAUUAGUAAGGGAAAUCCACCCUUGGGACAGCCCCCCUGUACUGCUCCACUGCAGUGCUGGAUGCGGAAGAACGGGGGUGAUGGUGGCUGUUGAUUAUGGCCGUCGAAUCAUUCGAAAGUCUCCUUCAAGUUUCAACGUGAUCGAUAUUGUUAUGACUUUGCGAAAACAAAGACCGGCGAUGGUUCAAUCGAAGGAACAAUACGAAUACCUUCACGAGGUUUUCAGAGACUUGAUUUUGGAACAAAUGAAGAAAAAGGGAGACUUUUCUUCUUCAUACGUAAACCUCGAGUUUCCAAGGAAAGAUGAGGAUAUUCAUUUAUAUGAAAACGUGGAUACUGCAUGCAGACUUGGCGAGACCCAAGCGAGAACCGAGCCGACUGUUGAUGCCAAGAGCUUUUUCCUACGAGAACGUCUUGAAGAGCCACGAAGACCAAUGAUAACUACCAAUGUAAUGAAUCCACAAAAAGCUGUUAUCAAGACUGAACUGCGGAACAAACCGGUUCCAUUACCAAAUAAAAAGCCUGGGCUGACGAACCAAGGAUCCACGAGUCCGAAGUCGGUAUUACCAGUUCCAUUGAGUCCUACCCCCGUCAUUCCGGAAACGAAGCCAUUUUCGAAUUCAGAACAUGUACCGCAAAAUUACAUCAAUGUGGAAGUAGGACCACCAAAAGUUCCAGCAAAACCCGUACACGCGGAAAGUAAGCAAAAAUUACACGUGACAAAUUCAAAUGAGAAUUCAGACAAACGGAAUGAUUUCAGCCAUUCAGCCCUCAGCCUUCCAGAAAAACCAGCAUCGCAACCGAAAUUGCCACUAAAGCCAAAGCCAUGCAAAGAGAAUGCGAGCCCAAUUAAAUCCAUAAAUGCACCUCAUUUUGAUUACGUUGACGGGAAGAAACCUCCUUUGCCAUUAAAGCAGAAAGAUCUUGCUGACUUCGAUUCCUUUGCACCUUCGGAUAAGACCAAAAAGGGGAGUGAUUCUGGUAACGAAGCGAUACUGUCACUAGGAAAUGAGCCUUUGUUUGGAACAACAAAGUCAAGAACACUUGGAAAAGAGGAUGAGAAUAGCCGCAGACUUAGGCUUGAUCUCUGGGACACAUUUUCUCCUGAUUAUGACACAAGUUCAGAAAACAAAACAAAAAGAAGUCACUCUGAUUUUAAUUUGUCGGAAUCGACUAGAAUACCCUCUCAGUUUACUGACAGAAGUGAUAAAGGGAAUAUCUCUUUGUCAAAAGUAAAGCAAGAAAUCCCCAAACAAAAACAACUUAAUUCUGCGACUGUUAAUGAUGUUGUCCGUCAUUCUGAAGGACCUGCGAUGAAAAACAUGUCAGCAAAAGAUAUUUUUACUCCGUUUGAGCCUGCCAGUACCGUGCGCGUAUCACCUAUUCCACCAGAGAUGGCAAGAGACAAAAGGGUAGAGGUGAAACAGACAGAGUCUGAAACUCAUAUACCAUUCACCGAAAAGAAACAACAGUUCCAAAUAAGUGACGGCCUUGUUGGAAGGACGAACGCUUCAAUUAUGAGGAAAGGUGUAAGAAACGAUGGCUUGGUGAACAGAACAAAUUACUUGGUGUCUAUUGAGAAAUCUGUAUCUACCCAGAGAUCCGAUCAUCAUAACCCGCCUUUAAACGCAACGAAGCGACCGAUGCUACCCAAAACUGAAUCAGCAGACUCCAUAAAGCCAGUUGGGUCGAGUAAUAUAAGUUUGACUCGUAUGGCAAGAUUUCUAAGCGAUAAUUCCGAAUUGGAGAGAAAGGGGAAUAACUCUAAAAACCCUCUUGACAACGGAAGGGAUCUCGUCGAUGCUGGAGAUGCGAACUAUGCCAUGAUCGAAGUAAAGUCACGUGAUAAAACAGAUCAUCUUUUGUACGAGUCAAUUUGGGCGGCGCCGACACCAAAACCAACUAGGCCAAAAAUAAAGGAAGAUCUGCCCCCUGAAUUACCCCCUCGAACACUAGAUUCGCUGAUUUUAGUUGGCAAGACCGCAAUAGAAGAAGAAAGAAACCCUGAUAAUGAAAUAGCAGAAAACGGAGAUACUACCCCGAAAGAAACCGAAAGCACGGCCAGUGGAGACCAGGGGUCAUUCCCUUGGAUGUCGGCCGGGGUUGACCGGCUCAAGAAGAUCACAAAUCUUAAAGGAGCGUUUGCUGUUGCUUUAAAAAAUCCGUCAAGGCAAACUUCAUCAGGGGCUAAUUCUCAGUUCUACUCAGAGGGUGUCAGCGCAGAGGCUUCAGUCAGGGAUCAUGAUAUGUCAUUUGGUCGUCGACUGCCUCAUAGGCCCAAAGGGCCAAGACCAAUGCCAAGCAAAUGGCACUUUUAGUCAAGUUGCGCGUAAGACACAUGCAAGUAUUAACGAAUUAUCCAGUAUCACAAAUACAGAGGGCUACCCUUGCCAUGUUUAAGGAGAAAUUCCACAGUUUCGGCCUGAAAACUGUGGCAAAAUGUAUUAAAAGAGUAGUAAUGGAUAGUAGUAAGUAUGAAUUUCAAACUUUAUUUUCGAAGUCAGAUGGCUCAAAUCGGUGCAGAAAGUGUCUAGUCAUGGUACGAAAGCAAAACAUUGUGCGAAACGGUCAAGUCAGAUACUAGACUAGUAAGACACCCCUCCGUUGAUCCCCUUUUUCAUAAUUUGUUUGUAGAAUUUAUCUAAAAUAGUGCAAAUAGUUAGUGUUCUUGAAAAAUUAUUGGAAAAUUUUGAUUAAAAGUUUCAAUAAAGAAGGAUCAUUGGAAAAGACACAAAGAAACACAAGGUUGAUACAAAAUCAGCUGGAAUUGUGUUCUGUAAACUGAUAGCUACUCUCGUAACCUCAGUGUAUAUAAACGGGAGCGCUAACUUUUUAAAUGCAUGUAUUGAGCAAGGGGAGUGCAAUAUCAGUUCGGCUAAGCGAAUGUUCGAGUCGUCGGGGGGUUCGAGUUAUCGGCAAUUUACUGUAGGUUGUUUAAAUUGUGAUUCAACUUUAGUUGGUUUUGUAACUUUGCUAUUUCAUAAUUAGUAUAUCGUUAAAACAUUGCAUUUUAUCUUGCAUUUUUCAACUUUGUGAUAUAUGUGAGAUAAUAUAGUUGACGAUUGAAUAUGGAGGUUAGUAAUUUGUAAAUUAGAAUAAUGGAGUAUAUUUUUUAGCAAUAAUGGGGUAUAAUACUCUGGAAAUUUGAACUCUUUCAGCGAAGUUGUCAAACAUUUUCCAGCCAUUCAAAUAUAACAGGUAAUUUUUGAAAUUUUGAUGACAUCAAAUUAAUUCCUCAUUUAUUGUUAAUUCAUUAGCAAGGGACUCAACAUAGACGUAGUUUAUAUUCCAACGUAACUGUAUUUUUACAACGUAACCAAUGUACAACGCAUUCUCUUGUAUCCUUGUUUAUCGUGUUUAUCAGGCUUUUGUUAGCCUGUGCCCCAGACCCUUCUACUUUCAAGUUAGGGGUCUGGAACACAGGGUAUUAUUUGUAAAAAAGUAGUAUUUCAAAACAGUCCUAGAAUUUGAGAAUCAGUUCGUGCAAAUGGAUAAUAUGCGUAUCCCAAAGUCUUUCGAACCCUGAUAUCUUUCGAUUCAACCAAUAUAAUGAUUUUUUGCAAACAUGGAGAGCUGUCAACACGAGAAUUUGAUUCUUUCCAUCAUAUUAGAACUGUACCAAUGGCCAGGCAUUCUUGUCAACUGUUGAUUGAAAACCUAACAGCUGACUUAAAGCCUUUGAUAUAUUUUAAUAAGUUUCCUGUAUUUUUUUAUGAUAAUUUCGUUUUACACGGUAACCAAUACCCGUUCUUUUUUGCUUGGUAAAGACACACUAGAAUAAUUAUAUGCCUCUGUAUUAUAAUAAUUGUAAGUAGAAUCCUCAGAAAUAUCCCAGCGAUUCUGAGAAUUUUAUUUUUUUCAAUCUUCAUACUAUUAAGGAGUUUUUGAAACUUGCAUGCAGCGUUUGGGUGCGUGUAGUUUUUAAUAGUUUUUAUAUUUUGUUAUAUUUUUAAAUUUGUAUUUUGAUUAGUAGAUAAAUACUUUUUUACGGUUAGAUAUUUCUCGAAAGCUGGUUUUUACAGAAUUAAAAGUUAUAAAUUUGGUGUAAUACAACCUUC